CCCCUUGCAAAGGAGAAAGAGAGACUCUGUUUGUGUGCUAGAGCGUCACAGAGUCGCAUUUAUUAUUUCCGGUAUGGGCGCGGAGGGAAGGGGCGCGGCGCGGGCGGCUUGAAAAAGAAUGGCGGCGCUCCCCGUAGAAGACAGCUCAUUGUCCGGGGUGGUGUCUCCUGGCAGUCCGGGGCUCGGAGACCAGGAAAACCUGGCGUCGGAGGAGCUGCCCAUGGUGUUUUUGUGUGCUGGGUGUAAACGUCCUGUAGGAGACACGCUCAGCUGGGAGACCAACGACGAAGACACCAACUGCAUCCUGCUAAAGAGUGUUACACUCAAUGUUUCAGUGGACAAGGAGCAAAAACUUUCAAGCCGAGCAGGUGAAUAUGGCUGCAUGCUUGAAACCUUGUUUUGCUCUGGAUGCAACAUGACCCUUGGAAGUAUUUACAGAUGCACCCCGAGACAUCUUGAUUACAAACGAGAUUUGUUUUGCUUAAAUGUUGACUCUCUUGAAAGUUAUACCCUAGGGUCCUCAGAACAAAAGGCUGAAACUGAUGAGGAGCCUCUCACCCUUGAAAGUCGAGCUAGUUUGGAAGAGUCCCUAGGAAGGGCAGAAACAAUUUUGAAAGCAUUGGAGCAACGGUUAUCUGUAGUCGAAUCAAGUUUUGCAUCUCUUCACAGCAUUGACUGAAAAAUACAUUUAUGAAGAAUAUUAUUUAAGCUUGGUAUUAGUCUUGGAAGUUUGUUGAAUCACUGCAAGAAUUGUCUGGUUAAAAACAAACAUUUCCCACUCUCCUGAAAGUUGAAAAUACAGACUUCUGAGGAAGGAAAAUACUUAUGGGUGGCUAGAGAUUCUUUGGAAAUUCUUUUCACAAAACACUCUUUUUUACAAUUAAUCUUUUUUAACUCAAACUUUCUUAAUGACUGAAAUGCAAAUCUUGUAAUCAGUAUUCUUACCUUUUUUGGUUUUAUGUUUUGAUUUAUAUUCCUUGUAUGAUUUUUGAGAUUGCUUUGGCAGCUUAGAGACAAGUAUAGCUGACCUACUUCUUUUGGAGAAGAUGUCAUCAGUAGUGUGUUGGCUGUUUGAUAGAUCCAUAGAAUAGUGCUUGAACCUUCCAAUUAGAGUAGCAGCUAUUUAGACUUCUGUCAGGUGGAGAUACUGAUAUAAUGUGCAAAGUAUUGGCUAAGCCUACAUCUGUGGAGUUUGUUAGCUUGGGUUGAACUUGUUUAAAGGAUUUUAUUGUGAAUUCUAUAUCCUUUUCUCUACUAUCAAAAUUCAAGAAUAAGGUUUAAAUCUGUCAAGAAAUGCUAGCAGUAGCCUGAUGAGAAAUUCUGAACUUAAAAAAGUAAUACUUGGACUACAUUAAGUCUUUUUGUAAAUAAAAUAAUAAGAAAAUGUUAUAGAACUUGACCUCGGUUUUGGAACUGCAUUGUGUACAAAUUAUUUAGAAAGGAUUGUUUCCUGGUAUCUUAAGUGUUAAGUAGUGAUGUACGUGUUCAAUAAAAAAGUAUUCUACAGCUGAACUUGAAUUUCAGUUGGUUUCAGAAAA